AUGAAGAGAUUACGGCUUGAGAGAUGGAGUGGGCAAUUGUUCACGGCGCGGUCGACACCGGCGAGCAUAAGACCAUGCUGUCUACGGCAGCAACAAGCUGCAUUACCUCCUCGAAUACGCUUCUCCUCAUCAGCAGCAGCACUAUCCGAUGACUUGAUACUGGAAGAUGGGGAAGAGCUUGAAGAAGAAUUCUCAUCCUCAUCCUCAGACACAAAAUACCCAUCACCACCUCUCGAAGCCGCCUUCAACUCCUCGAAACUCGCAGCCCUGCAUGCACGGCUGAAUCUCUCCCAAAAACUACCACUGCACACGAUGGCACGCACGCUGGUUGACCCGUCUGCGGAUUCGAAUGCGGAUUUCAAUAAUGCUGCGCUUUCGAAUUUAGGGGGCAGUAUAAUGUCAUACCAUGUCUCUGAAUGGCUCCUCUGCACAUAUCCCCGUCUACCCAUGACGGUCCUCUUCGCCGCCGCCUACGCUUAUAGCGGGCCCAAGACCCUACAAAUGGUAGGCAAGGAAUGGGGUGUAGAGACUGCCGCGGCGCCAGGAGGAGAAGUGGAUCCGGGCUAUCUCCAAUUCUCCAAACUCAAGCCGGGGCAAGGGCUGCAGACUCAAGUUGGGAGUAUAAGGCCUGAUAGCAAGAGUUAUUACAGGAGGGGCAUGAGUAGUAGAGUGGUGUAUGAUGACGAGUUCGGGGACACGGUUCCGAAACAAGCAGAAAACGACCUCCCGCUGCCGACCGAACACGCAUAUGCCUCCUUCGUAAAGGCAGUCGUGGGCUCCGUAUACUUACAUUCGGGCUCGGCGGCCGCCAAGACCUUCGUCACGAACCACAUCCUAUCCCGAUACCUACAAAUUGCGUCACUAUUCCAGUUCCGGGAGCCGGUGCGGGAGCUGAGCCGGCUGUGUGCCAGAGAGGGCUUCGAGUAUCCUGUUGCACGGAUCGUGAGCGAGACGGGUCGGAGGAGUAGACAUCCUGUGUUUGUGGUGGGGAUCUUUAGCGGGGCUGAUAAAUUGGGUGAGGGCGCGGGGCCGAGUCUGGGCGAGGCGAGGACGAGGGCUUGUGUACAUGCGCUCAAGGCGUGGUAUCUGUAUAGCCCCGGGUCCAAUGUCAGGGUACCGAGUGAGAUGGAGGUCGCAGGGGCGAAGGAGUGGGAACCGGUGCAUAUUGAUAUUGGGGAGGUGAUACAUUAG